GAGCAAUCGAAGUGAAAUAAAAAUCCCCGCACCAGUGCGACUGCAGAACACUCCCCGUCCAUCGUGAUGCUCUCACCGUCCAACCGCAGCGCUGUCCAGCUCCCAGCGAACUCGGCGCACGAAGAUGGACGUGGCGGCGUCAUCGCGCUACCUCCUACUGCGGCUCAGCCUGUGCCCGCAGCGACGCCCAGUGCCCCGCCGAGAUGCCACGCGUGCAAUGCGUGCCUCGGUGUGUGCGCCGUGUUACUGUUCGUGCUGUCGGCGCUGUUCGCCGGCGUGAUGACCUUCCACACAUUCCGGCGGGUCGAGUACGUCGGCAGGCUGCUACGGGACGUGGUCAACGAGACGAGGCGCCUCGAUACGGACGUGGCUGCUGCUGCCGUCGAUGCCAGCUCGUCGCCGCUACCGGCGCCUACGGCUGAACUAGGUCCCACAAGAGCAGCUGCUGAUCACGAGGGCGUAGUUAUUGAUAACGGCACAAGCGCGUAUCUCGGGAGGCUUCGCCAGUGA